AUGGACGGCGCUCUGCAGAGCCUCAAGGGCUCAAUCGAGCGCAUCAUCCUAGACCCCAAAUACCACGACCUCCUCGCUAUCGUCAAGGCCGCCCGCAAUGGCGCCGUCUACGGCUGCAAAGUGCGGUUUCCGCAUGCCCUUGUCUUUCGAGAAAAGAUAUGGCUCGUCUUUAGGGCCACGAGGACGCACGCCCGAAACCUGGCCAAGUUUGCGACGGUAUACAAGCUCGGGUGCAUGCUGCUGAAGCGCUUCGGCGCAACGCCCGGCAAGGAGGGUAAGCGCCCCAAAACAGGACCCUACGACUCCUUCAUCGCCGGCCUCGUGGGCGGCUACCUCGUCUUCGGCGGACGCUCCAAGCGCACGGGCAAGAUCAGCUCCGUCAGCCAGCAGAUCUGCAUCUACGUCUUUGCGCGCGUCGUGCUGGCCCUCGCGCGCAUGGCCGUCGAGCCCGGAAGGGGCCUGCCCGUCGUCUCUCGCCCGGACCUCUCGGCCAAGAUCACCUACCACGCCUGGCCGGUCUUCGCGGCCGCCAGCUGGGGCAUGGUCAUGUGGCUGUUCCGGUGGCACGCGGCCGAGCUGCAGCCCAGCCUGCGCAGCAGCAUGAGCUACAUCUACCAGCAGAGCGACGAGUGGGACUCGCUGCGCAACUUCCUGUGGCACAACAAAUAA